GGACCCUCGAAACGUCGUCGUAUCAUCGUGCAACUGCCUGUUCUUCGUUCUUGCACAUUUUCUCGGCAAAUUUUCUCUCUUCCCAAACAAGAAAAUCAGGGGAAACAAAAAACGAAAGAUCAGAGGAAAAUUGAAGGAGCCAUUCUCCAUUCUCGUUCACGAAAACCCAUUCUCUAUACUUUAAAAGUCAUAUUCCGAUUAGUCAUCGCACCCUCUUCUCCGUGUUCGGAUUUCGAUUACGACGGUGGAGAGAAAACGGCAGAGCGUUCGCUUCCAGAAACAUGGGGAAGAAGAAGAUCUUAAAGUCCACGUCGUCUUGGCCGAGAACUGUCGUGAGAAAAUGGCUGAACCUACGGAACGGCGCGUACGAAUUCCACUCCGAUUACGCCGUCAGGGGGAGAAUGGAGCAGAGGAGAAAGAGCUGCUCCGACGGCGAUUAUUACGUCAUCAUGCCGGAGAAUUUUCAAGGCUGGUUGACGGAAGAAAACGGAGGAACGAAACAAGCAAACGGCGAACCGGACGCGCCACGUGUCAAUGAUAAUAAACUCGAUCUCAAGAUGUUCGUGGGAACAUGGAAUGUGGGUGGGAAGUCGCCACAUGAAGAAAUGAACUUAAGAGAUUGGCUUAAAACUCCUUCACCCGCCGACAUCUACGUUCUCGGGUUUCAAGAAAUCGUGCCGUUGAACGCCGGCAACGUUCUCGGAGCAGAAGACAACGGCCCCGCGACCAAGUGGCUGUCCCUGAUCCGACAAGCCUUGAACAUCAACAGCAGUUUAUCCCAAAACGACCCACAACUUUUUAAAAAUCAGAAAAUCGCCACCGAGUUUAUGAAUUUAUCACCGCAACCCAGGAUCAGCUUCUCCGACUUGCUGUCAAUGGAGGGAGAUGAAACUUCACAAAGCCCCGCAAGUUGCAAAUUGAGCAAUCAAGCCCCUCGCCGCCAUUGCCUCGCAGCUAGUAAGCAGAUGGUGGGGAUUUUCGUGUGUGUUUGGGUUAGAGACGAUCUUUUCAAACAUAUCACCGACCUCAAGGUUUCAUGCGUUGGCCGUGGCAUUAUGGGAUAUCUCGGAAACAAGGGUUCAAUAUCGAUCAGCAUGUCAUUGCACCAGACGAGUUUAUGCUUUGUCUGUACGCAUUUGACGUCCGGAGAAAGAGAAGGCGACGAGGUUAGAAGGAACUCGGACGUGACCGAAAUACUAAAGAGGACGAGAUUCUCUCGCUCUUGCAAAGAUUGCGGACCCGAAACGAUUAUGGACCACGACAAGGUAAUAUGGCUCGGCGACUUGAACUAUCGGCUAAGGACGAGCAGCGACGUGCAUGAACUGCUUCAGAAAAACGACUGGGAAGCUCUUUUAGAGAAAGAUCAGCUAAGGAUAGAACAAAGAGAAGGAAGGGUAUUUAAAGGGUGGGAGGAAGGGAGGAUAUAUUUUGCACCAACGUAUAAAUAUAUAACCAAUUCUGAUGAUUACGUCGUUCUCACGACAAAAUCAAAUGACAAGAGCAGAACCCCAGCUUGGUGUGAUCGAAUACUGUGGAAAGGCGAAGGGUUGAAACAGAUGUGGUACGUGAGAGGAGAAUCAAGAUUCUCGGACCACAGACCGGUUUACUCGCUGUUUUCGGUUCAAAUCAAUCUGGUUAAAGAUCAUCUAAACCGGAGAAAUAUACCGGUUAACAAGAAGCAUCACCCAAACACGGUCUUGCCUUCGACGUGCGUAGCCAAAGUUCAAGCCGAAGAGCUCUUGUCGCUCUCUCGGACGCAAAGCUGUAUAGACACUCAACCAAGAUUCCUGUAGUCUGCUUCGUGAUUUUUUUUUUUGGAGUGACACGUGGACAGCGUUGAUGGUAUGACACGUGGCGUUGGCCCAACAUAGCCCAAUAUUUUUUUUUGGGGAAAGAAUUCGAGCAGUGGGUUAGAGUCUUGAUUGCUAGAGAAGGUUCUUUUAUAUAUAUAAAAAAUUAGGAAAUGGAAAUAUAUAUUAUUGUUUUCUGUAAUAUUCUGCAUAAGAAAAAUGCUAAUUGGGC